GACCGUCGAGAAAGCAAAUUCGUUGGGCCCACCCAACCAGGCAUUGGAAAUCUUUGUGGGAGUGGUCGGCCACCAGAAACCAUUCUCAUCACCAGUUCGUCAUCAGGUUUGCAUAGCCACUACUACAAAGAGGCGUGAACGGUCUGUAUGCAACAAACAAACCACCAAAGAAACAGACAAGAGACAACAAGUUGGAAGAAAGCAAGAGGUUUGAUGCUGUUGAGAACAAUCAUUUCCCAGUUCCAACCCAACAGAUAGUCUACUAGUAGCCUAGCAAGCAAGAUUUUGGUUUCUUCGGGCAUCCAUCAAGUCAGUCAUCAUUUCCUACUAGCUAGCAACCCAGCAAGCAAGGAGCUCCAUUCUACUAGUCAAGUCAAGACAAGAGCAAAACACAGCAACCAUGAUUGCCAGAAAACGAUUCUUUGACGGCAACGCCAGCAGCAGCAGUUUGCUGUUGGGCGAGAGUUCUUCCUGUUGUGACUUUACAGCAGCCUCUUCGCCGAGUAGCAGCAUGAGCAGCAGUCCCAGUCCGAGUCCUCCAUCCUCAGGCCGUGUAUCUCCCCACCAACCCACGCAUCGAACACAAUCGACUCCAGCGGCUCUGCGACAACGAAUAGCGGCGUCUCUCUCGACGGCUUCCUCUUGUGCUUCCACACCCGCACAGUCGCCCAUUAAGCGAGUCGCGUUAUCUUACCCCGACAUGGCCAUGGAUGGAAUGGGCGACUAUACAUUGCCCCUGACCAACUCCAACACCUCUAGCUCUACCUCCAAUGCUACCCAUUCUAUGAAUACUAAUAGCAACAGCAAUAGCAAUGGAAAGGUAGCUUCCUCUUCCUCCUCUUCUACUAUGGACAAAAACAACCAUGGGUAUAACCAUCAUCAUCAUCAAGAUCACUACCUCAAUGACUACCACCACCACCACCAGUCACCUCCACAAGAUGACUUUUACUACCACCAUGCUCAUCAUGCUCAUCAUCAUCAUCAAAGUAGUCCCACUUCGUUUUACAUUCUCCAAGCCAUUUUCGUCGUCGCCUUUGUGGCACUGGCAUCCUUUGGAGUCUACAUGCAAGAAUCCAAUGUCGCCCUCGAACAUGCGUUGCGGGCGAGAGAUCACGAGAUUGAUCAUCACUUGAAUCAUCUGGCGGAACUGGAAAUCCAAAUGACCAAGAUUUCCAAUGAACGAACGGUCCUGCAAAAUCAUUUGGUCGAGCUGGAACAACGACCCACCGAUCAACGAGAAGGAUUGGAAGCGCAACGACGACUCUUUCAUCUCGAACAUUCCCACAGUAUCAUUCAACAAGGAAUUCAACGACAGGACAUUCGGAUGGUACAAGAAAAAUUCGGCAAGGGCCCGCUUUACUAUGUCGAAAUGAAACUCUCUUUUCCACUCGAGUCCAAUGUCCACGACGACCUCCAUCACACGGGAAGUACUCUCUUUCUCGAAACGGCACCGCUCUCGGAUAUGCCCCAUGCCAUCCAUCUCUUUCUAGAACAAGUCGAUCACGGACUCUACGAUGGCACCCAUUUCUUUCGACAUGCUCCGCAUGUUCUGCAAGCGGGACCGUCGGGAGGACAUUCGCGCUUUCGCAAACAACCCAGCCUCGCAAGUGUCUUGUUUCAAGAAUACUCGCCCAAUUAUCCACAUACUACUUGGACGGUGGGAUAUCCCGGACGACCCGGUGGACCCGACUUUUAUAUCAACACGCAAGACAAUAGUCGCGUGCAUGGACCCGGGGGACAACAAGGAGACGAUGAACCGGAACCGUGUUUUGCCAAGGUCGUCGCCGGACAUGACGUUGUCACCAAACGCUUGCAGCUGGCGGCCACACUGUCGGCCCGCAAUGAUAACCUCCAACAUCCCAUUCGCAUUGCUUCCAUGAGAGUCAUUUCCCAACAAGAGUAUCUGGAACGACGACCGAUUGAUGUGGAAGAUUGAUAAAGUAACGAAUGACGAGGCGUGAGUGAUGAGCAAGAACGACCAGGAUGAAGAUCAAUUGGAUUGGUCUCAUGCAGUCGGUUGCUCUCGUCGGUUUCGUACAUGUAUAUGUUUUACAUCCAAACCCAGACCUUCCAACCUCCCUUUCCUAGCCUCCACAUGCACAAGACAUUUCUGCAUACCACUCUUGCGGCUGCUGUACACUACAGUUUUAAAACCAAGAAAAAUGAUAUAAC